AUGGUAGCCAUCAUCCUCAUCCUCAGCCCCAUCGCGGUUGGAGACAAUAUUGGCCCAGUGACCCUCACGGCGGACCCCGCGGUGUUUCAGAGGGAGUUGAGAGAACUCUACGUGCAGGGAGGUGGGGACUGCCCCGAGAUGAGCGUGGGGGCCAUCGAAGCUGCGGUGGAGGUCGCCGGCCCCGGCUCCUUCAUCUUCGUCUUCUCGGACGCCCGUGCCAAGGACUACCACAGAAAGGACGAGGUGCUGAGGCUCCUGCAGCUGAAGCAGUCGCAGGUGGUCUUCGUGCUGACUGGGGACUGUGGUGACCGCACCCACCCUGGCUACCUGGCUUACGAAGAGAUUGCUGCCACCAGCUCUGGGCAGGUGUUCCACCUGGACAAGCAGCAGGUGACCGAGGUGCUGAAGUGGGUGGAGUCAGCAAUCCAGGCCAACAAGGUGCACCUGCUGUCUACAGACCACGAGGAGGGCGGUGAGCACACGUGGAGGAUUCCCUUUGACCCCAGCCUGCAGGAGGUCACCGUCUCCCUGAGCGGCCCGGGGCCUGAGAUUGAAGUUCGAGACCCGCUGGGGAGGAUCCUGCAGAAGGACGAGGGCCUCAAUGUGCUGCUCAGCAUUCCUGACUCGGCCAAGGUCGUGGCCUUUAAGCCUGAGCAUCCUGGGCUGUGGUCCAUCAAGGUCUACAGCAGUGGCCGCCACUCGGUGAGGAUCACGGGCGUCAGCGACAUCAGCUUCCGAGCUGGCUUCUCCACCUGGCCCUCUCUGGACCUCAACCACACCAUCGAGUGGCCCCUGCAAGGGGUGCCCAUCUCGGUGGUGAUCAACGCCACGGGCUUGCAGGCCCCUGGCCACGUGGACUCGGUGGAGCUCUCACACAGCUCGGGGAGGCCCCUCCUCACGCUGCCCGUGCAGCCCCUCUCCAACGGUUCCACCCAUCAGCUGUGGGGCGGGCCGCCCUUCCGGGCACCCCCAGAGCGCUUCUACCUCAAGGUGAAAGGCGAGGACCACGAGGGGAACCCCCUCCUCCGUGUCUCCGGAGUUGCCUACAGUGGGGUGGCCCCAGGCGCCCCCCUGGUGAGCAUGCCCCCCAGGAUCCACGGCUACCUGCACCGGCCCCUGCUGGUCUCCUGCUCCGUGCACAGCGCCCUCCCCUUCCAGCUACAGCUGCGGCGGAAAGGAACCAAGCUGGGCGAGGAGAGGCACUUCCAGGAGUCAGGAAACAGCAACUGGGAAAUCCCCCGGGCCUCCAAGGCGGAGGAGGGCACGUACCAGUGCACGGCCGUCAGCGGGGCCGGGACCGGCCAAGCAGAGGCCCAGGUUGUCAUUACAGACCCCCCACCACAGCUGGUUCCUGCCUCCAACGUGACCGUGUCCCCAGGGGAGACUGCCAUCCUGUCCUGCCGGGUCCUGGGAGAGGCCCCCUACAACCUGACAUGGGUGCGGGACUGGCGAGUCCUCUCGGCGUCGACAGACAGAGUCACGCAGCUGGCCGACAUGUCCCUAGAGGUCAGCGGCGUCAUCCCCAGUGAUGGUGGGCGGUACCAGUGCAUAGCCAGCAAUAUCAACGGGGUCACGAGGGCGUCCGUCUGGCUCCUGGUGCGAGAAGCCCCACAGAUCAGCAUCCACACCAGAUCCCAGCGCUUUUCCCAGGGCAUGGAGGUGAGGGUCCGCUGCUCAGCCUCUGGGUACCCUGCACCCCACAUCUCCUGGAGCCGUGAUGGUCACGCCCUGCAAGAGGACAGCAGAGUCCAUGUGGAUGCCCAGGGGACCCUGGUCAUUCAGGGAGUGGCCCCAGAGGACGCCGGGAAUUACAGCUGCCAGGCAGCUAAUGAGGUUGGCACAGACGAGGAGACGGUCACCCUCUACUAUGCAGACCCGCCGUCCGUCUCUGCCAUCAGCGCCGUGGUGCUCGCAGCUGUCGGGGACGAGGCCGUGCUGAUGUGUGAGGCGUCCGGGGUGCCCCCACCCCGGGUCAUCUGGUAUCGAGGUGGUCUCGAAAUGAUUCUGGGCCCCGAUGGCUCCAGCUCUGGGACGCUGCGGAUCCCGGAUGUUCGGGAGAGGGAUGCUGGCGUCUAUACCUGCCGAGCUGUCAAUGAGUUGGGUGACGCCUCUGCAGAAAUCCGGCUGGAGGUUGGACGUGCACCCCAGCUGAUGGAGCUGCCCCGGGAUGUCACCGUGGAGCUGGGCAGGAGUGCCCUCCUGGCAUGUCGGGCCGUGGGCCGCCCGCCCCCCAUGGUCACCUGGCGCCGUGGGGAUGGUCAGCCGCUGGGGCCCGGGCGCGGCAGCAGGAGCAGGCAGCCUGAUUCGGGAGUGCUGUUCUUUGAAAGUGUGGUCCCCGAAGACCAGGCCCCGUACGUCUGUGAAGCUCAGAACGUGUUCGGGAAGGUCCAGGUGGAGACCCGGCUCGUGGUGACUGGACAUGCCCCUCCACAGGUCGCCAGCAGCGCCUCCACCAUCCGGGUGCUGGAGAGGCAGCCAGCGUCUCUGCCCUGCAUCAUCCUGGCCGGCAGGCCCCUCCCGGAGAGGCGCUGGCUCAAGGCCGGUCAGCCACUCCCGCCUGGCAGCCGGCAUUCUGUCCGAGCCGAUGGCAGCCUCCACCUUGACCAGGCACUGCAGGAGGACGCAGGGAGGUACAGCUGUGUGGUCACCAACACGGCUGGCUCUCAGCACAGGGAUGUGGAGCUGGUUGUCCACGUGCCACCUAGAAUCCAGUCCACCGCAACCCACCAUGUCACCAAUGAGGGAGUUCCAGUCUCUCUGCCCUGUGUUGCCUCAGGAGUUCCCACCCCCACCGUCGCCUGGACCAAGGAAACCAAUGCCCUGACCUCGAGCGGUCCCCACUACAACGUGAGCAAGGAUGGGACCUUGGUCAUCGCUCAGCCAUCCACCCGGGAUGCAGGGGCCUACAUCUGCACAGCCACCAACACCGUGGGCUUCUCUAGCCAGGAGAUGCGGCUCUCUGUCAACACCAGGCCCGAGAUCCGUGUGAAUGGUUCGAACGGUACAGACAGUCCUCUGAGAGUCACAGCCAAGGCCGGCGACGAGGUGACCCUGGACUGUGAGGCCCAGGGCUCCCCACCCCCGUUGGUCACCUGGAUCAAGGACUCCCGCCCUGUGCCACUUAUCGCCGACAGGCAUCGCCUGCUCCCGUCAGGCUCCCUGCAUCUGACACAGGCCCAGGUCGGUGACAGGGGUCUCUACGAAUGCACGGCCAGUAACCCCGCAGGGUCCGCCUCUCAGCGCUACAUCCUCGGGGUGCAAGUUCCUCCACAGGUGCAGCCGGGCCCACGGGUCCUGAAGGUCCUGGCGGGUGAAGCUCUGGACCUGAACUGUGUGGCCGAGGGCACCCCAGAGCCCAGGCUGACCUGGGCCAAGGACGGGGUGGUCCUACAGGGCGAGCAGCCCGAGGGCUCCAUCCACUUUGCAGCCAUCCGAACCUCCGAUGCUGGCACGUACCGCUGUGAGGCCUCCAACAGCGCUGGGGUGGACGCCUGGGAGCUGGAGCUUCGGGUGCUGGAGCCGCCGUACUGGGGUGCCGAUGAGACCAGCGGCCUACUGGAGCGGGUGGCGGGCCAGAACGCCAGCCUGCCGUGCCCUGCCAGAGGGACGCCCGAGCCGCAGGUCACGUGGCGGAAGGGUGCUUCCUCGGAGCCCCUGCGUGGCCGGCCGGGGCUGGCAGUGCUGGACGAAGGCUCUCUGUUCCUGGCCUCGGUCUCUCCCAGCGAUGGCGGAGACUAUGAGUGCCAGGCCACCAACGAGGCGGGCUCCGCGUCCAGGAGGGCCAAGCUGGUGGUCUAUGUGCCCCCCAGCAUCCGGGAGGACGGACGCAGGGCCAACGUGUCGGGCCUGGCCGGGCAGUCCCUGACGCUGGAGUGUGAUGCGAACGGCUUUCCGGCCCCUGAGAUCGUGUGGCUCAAGGAUGGGCAGCCGAUCCGCGAGGUGGGCAGCCACCGCCUCCAGAACGGGGCCCGGGCCCUCCACUUCCCUGGGAUCCAGGAGAGCGAUUCUGGCCUCUACUCCUGCCGAGCGGAGAACCAGGCCGGGGCCGCCCAGCGGGACUUCGAGCUCCUCGUGCUCAUCCCGCCUUCCCUGCUGGGAGCCGGGGCCGCUCAGGAGGUGCUGGGCCUGGCUGGUGCCGAGGUGAAGCUGGAGUGCCGGACCUCAGGGGUCCCCACACCCCAGGUGGAGUGGACCAAGGACAGGCAGCCUGUCCUUCCGGGGGACCCUCACAUCCAGCUCCAGGAGGACAGCCAGGUUCUCAGAAUCACCAGCAGUCACCUGGGGGACCAGGGGCGGUACCAGUGUGUGGCCUUCAGCCCAGCGGGCCAGCAGGCAAAGGACUUUCAGCUCAGAAUCCACUCACCUCCCACCAUCUGGGGCUCCAACGAGACAAGCGAGGUGGCUGUCAUGGGGGGCCACCCGGUGCAGUUCCUGUGUGAGGCCCGAGGAGUACCGGCUCCUGACAUAGCCUGGUUCAAGGAUGGGGCCCCGCUGCCCCCCAGCUCUGAGGCUGUCUACACCAGGGGCGGCCGGCAGCUGCAGCUGGGGAGGGCCCAGGUCUCGGACGCUGGCGUCUAUACCUGCAAGGCCAGCAAUGCUGUGGGGGUCACGGAGAAAACCACCAGACUGGAAGUUUACAUCCCACCCACCAUCGAGGGCGCUGCCGAAGGGCCUCACUUAGUGAAGGCCGUGGCCGGGAGGCCCUUGGCGCUGGAAUGCGUGGCCAGAGGCCACCCACCGCCCACCCUCUCCUGGUACCACGAGGGACGGCCAGUGGGGGACAGCAACGGCACGUGGCUAGAGGCCGGCGGCAGCGUGCUGAGCCUGGAGAGCCUGGGGGAGGCGUCCGGAGGCCGGUACAGCUGCGUGGCCAGCAGCCCCGCUGGGGAGGCCGUGCUGCAGUACGCCGUGGACGUGCAGGUGCCCCCACAGCUCCUGGUGGCCGAAGGCUUGGGCCAGGUGACCACCCUCGUGGGACAGCCCCUGGAUCUUCCCUGCCAGGCCUCAGGCUCUCCGGUGCCCACUGUCCAAUGGCUGCAGAAUGGCCGCCCAGCUGAGGAGCUGGCAGGGGUGCAGAUGGCCUCCCAGGGAACCACACUGCACAUCGACCGCGUGGAGCAGGGCCACGCGGGCCUCUUCUCCUGCCAGGCCACCAACGAGGCAGGCACUGCCGGGGCCGAGGUGGAGUUGUCUGUGCACGAGCUCCCAUCAGUGGUCAUCAUUGGAGGUGAGAACAUUACAGCCCCUUUCCUGCAGCCUCUGACCCUCAGAUGUGCAGGCACUGGGGUGCCUACCCCGAGCCUCCGCUGGUGGAAGGAUGGGGUGGCCCUGGCAUCCUCGGGGGGGAUCCUGCAGAUCGAGAAGGUGGACCUGCGGGAUGAAGGCGUCUACACUUGUGCCGCCACUAACCUGGCUGGGGAGAGCAAGAGGGACGUGGUGCUCAAGGUUUUGGUGCCCCCCAACAUUGAGCCAGGCCCGGUCAACAAGGCAGUGCUGGAGAAUGCCUCCGUGACCUUGGAGUGCCUGGCUUCGGGUGUGCCCCCUCCAGAUAUCUCCUGGUUCAAGGGCCGCCAGCCUGUCUCUGCCCGCAAGGGAGUGACGGUGUCAGCCGAUGGGAGAGUUCUCCUCAUUGAGCGAGCCAGAUUCUCUGACUCUGGGAGCUACCGCUGUGUGGCAUCCAAUGUGGCAGGCCACACAGAGCUGCAGUACGGCCUACGAGUCAAUGUACCUCCACGCAUCACGCUGCCACCCAGCCUGCCAGGCCCCGUGCUGCUCAGCGCCCCGGUCCGGCUGACCUGUAACGCCACCGGCACCCCCAGCCCCACGCUGAUGUGGUUAAAGGAUGGAAACCCUGUGUCCACCGCAGGGACCUCUGGCCUUCAGAUCUUCCCUGGGGGCCGGGUCCUCACGCUGGCCAGUGCCCGGGCCUCCGACUCUGGCAGCUACUCCUGUGUGGCCGUGAGCACAGCGGGCGAGGACCGCCGGGAGGUCAUCCUGCACGUCCAUGUGCCCCCCAGCAUCCUUGGGGAAGAGCUGAACGUGUCCGUCCUGGCCAACGAGUCAGUGGCCCUGGAGUGCCGGAGCCACGCCAUGCCGCCUCCCGUGCUGAGCUGGCGGAAGGACGGCCACCCCCUGAAGCCGCGGCCUGGAGUCCGGCUCUCCGCAGACAAGGCCUUGCUGGAGGUGGGCCGAGCAGAGGUGCGGGACGCCGGCCGCUAUACCUGCGAGGCUCUGAACCAGGCAGGUCGCUCAGAGAAGCACUACAACCUGAACGUCUGGGUCCCUCCAGUGUUCCCCCCUCGGGAGCCCAGCACCCUGACUGUGAUGGAGGGACAUCCUGCCAGGCUGUCCUGUGAAUGUCGGGGUGUCCCUUUCCCCAAGAUCUCCUGGAGGAAGGAUGGUCAGCCCGUGCCUGGGGAGGGGGCCAGCCAUGAGCAGGUGUCAGCUGUGGGGCGGCUGCUAUACCUGGGACAGGCCCAGGUGGCCCAAGAGGGAACGUACACCUGUGAGUGCAGCAACGUGGCAGGGAAUAGCAGCCAGGACCAGCAGCUGGAGGUGCAUGCCCCACCUCAGAUCGCUGGCCCCCGGGAGCCGCACACACAGAUCUCCGUGAUCCAGAACGGGAAGGCCACGCUGGAAUGCAACGCCACAGGGAACCCGCCACCCAGGGUGAAGUGGGAGCGAGACGGCCAGCCGGUGGGGGCCGAGCCUGGCCUCCGGCUGCAGAACUGGGGCCAGAGCCUGCACGUGGAGCGGGCGCGGGCUGCCCACGCCGGACGCUACAGCUGCGUGGCCGAGAACGUGGUCGGGAGGGCCGAGAGGAGGUUCACGCUCUCCGUGCUGGUGCCCCCAGAGCUCGUUGGAGACCUGGACCCACUGACCAACGUCACUGCCGCCUUGCACAGCCCCUUGACGCUGCUCUGUGAAGCCACGGGCAUCCCACCCCCAAGGGUCCGCUGGUUCCGAGGGGAGGAGCCCAUCAGCCCCGGGGAGGACACCUACCUGCUGGCAGGGGGCUGGAUGCUGAAGAUGACCCGGACACAGGAGCGAGACAGAGGCCUCUACUCGUGCCUGGCAAGCAACGAGGCUGGGGCGGUGCAGAGGAACUACAGCGUGGAGGUCCUGGUUCCUCCCAGUAUCGAGAACGAGGACCUGGAGGAGGCAGUCACGGUCCCUGAGGGACAGACCGCCCACCUGACGUGCAAUGCCACCGGCCACCCGCGGCCCAGGGUCACGUGGUUCAAAGAUGGUCGGCCACUGGCUGGCGGAGACGCCCACCACAUUUCUCCCGAUGGAGCCAUCCUGCGGGUCCUCGAGGCCAACCUGUCCAGCGCCGGCCACUACUCCUGCAUUGCAGCCAACGCAGUCGGGGAGGAGACCAGACACUUCCGGCUUAGUGUCCUGGUGGUGCCCACCAUCUUGGGGGUGACCGAGGACAGUGCAGACGAGGAGGUGACCGUGACCAUCAACAACCCCAUUUCUCUGAUCUGUGAGGCCCUGGCCUUCCCCUCCCCCACCAUCACCUGGAUGAAGGACGGGGCCCCGUUUGAGGCCUCCAACAACAUCCAGCUGCUCCCAGGCACCCACGGGCUCCAGAUCCUGAAUGCCCAGAAGGAAGAUGCGGGCCAGUACACCUGCGUGGUCACCAACGAGCUUGGGGAGGCCAUGAAGAACUACCACGUGGAAGUCCUCAUCCCUCCUGCCAUCUCCAAAGACGACCCCGCCGGGGCGGUCAGUGUGAAGGAAGUGAAGACCAAGGUCAAUAGCACCCUGACCCUGGAGUGUGAGUGCUGGGCUGCGCCCCCACCCACCAUCAGCUGGUACAAGGAUGGACAGCCCGUGACCCCCAGCGAGCGGCUCCGAGUCCUGGGUGAGGGGCGGCUGCUUCAGAUCCAGCCCACGCAGGUCUCGGAUUCGGGGCGGUACCUAUGCGUGGCCACCAAUGUGGCUGGCGAGGAUGACCAGGACUUUAACGUGAUUAUCCAGGUGCCCCCCAUGUUCCAGAAGGUGGGCGAUGCCGGUGCAGACUUGGAGUUCCUGUCCCAGGCGGAGGAGGUCCGGGGCGGGGUGACGGAAUACCGGGAGGUCAUGGAGAGCAACCCCGCGUACCUGUACUGCGACACCAACGCGGUCCCAGCCCCGGAGCUCACCUGGUACAGGGAGGACCAGCCCCUCUCGGCCACAGAUGGCGCGUCUGUUCUGCAAGGAGGCCGGGUCCUGCAGCUCCCCCUGGUACGUGCGGAGGAUGCUGGGAGGUACUCGUGCAAGGCCUCCAAUGAGGUGGGAGAGGCCUGGCUGCACUACGAGCUGGCGGUGCUGACCCCACCUGUGAUCCUGGGUGACACGGAAGAGCUGGUGGAGGAGGUGACCGUCAAUGCCAGCAGCACCGUCAGCCUACAGUGUCCAGCCCUGGGCAACCCAAUGCCCACCAUCUCGUGGCUCCAGAAUGGACUGCCUUUCUCCCCGAGCCCACGGCUGCAGGUCCUGGAGGACGGGCAAGUCUUACAGGUGUCCACAGCAGAGGUGGCCGAUGCUGCCAGCUACAUGUGUGUGGCUGAGAACCCCGCGGGCUCUGUGGAGAAGCUCUUUACCCUCAGGGUGCAAGUCCCACCACGAAUCGCAGGCCCGAACUUGGAGCAGGUCACGGCCAUCGUCAACAGCAGCGUCUCCCUCCCCUGCGAUGUCCAUGCUCACCCGAGCCCUGAGGUCACAUGGUACAAGGACAGCCAGGCCCUCGCCCUGGGGGAAAAGGUCUUCUUCCUGCCUGGUACCCACACGCUGCAGCUGGCACGGGCACAGCCAUCGGACUCUGGGACGUACAUGUGCGAGGCUCUCAACGCGGCCGGCAGAGACCAGAAGCUGGUGCAGCUUAGUGUGCUGGUUCCCCCCGCCUUCAGGCAGGCUCCCAGUGGCCCCCAGGAUGCGUUCUUGGUGAGGGCCGGGGACAAAGCCGUUCUGAACUGUGAGACAGACUCGCUCCCCGAGCCAGCUGUGACUUGGUACAAGGACGGGCAGCCCCUGGUCCUGGCACAGCGGACCCAGGCUCUUCAGGGUGGGCAGAGGCUGGAGAUCCUGGACACCCAGGUGUCAGAUAAAGGUCUGUAUAGCUGUAAAGUGAACAAUGUGGCCGGGGAGGCUGUGCGGACAUUCGUCCUCACCGUCCAGGUGCCCCCAACGUUUGAGAACCCCAAGACGGAGACAGUAAGCCAGGUGGCUGGGAGCCCUCUGGUCUUGACCUGUGAUGUGACUGGUGUCCCUGCGCCCACUGUCACUUGGCUGAAGGACAGAAUGCCUGUUGAGAGCAGCGUGGCGCAUGGCGUGGUCUCCCGGGGUGGCCGCCUCCAGCUGAGUCGCCUGCGGCGGGCCCAAGCUGGCACCUACACGUGUGUGGCCGAGAACGCCCAGGCUGAGGCCCGAAAGGACUUCGUGGUGGCCGUGCUGGUGGCCCCCCAGAUCAGGAGCUCGGGCAGCAUGCAGGAGCACAGCGUCCUGGAGGGACAGGAGGUGCGGCUGGACUGCGAGGCUGAUGGGCAGCCACCGCCCGAGGUGGCCUGGCUGAAGGACGGUGGCCCGCUGGGCCAGGGCGUGGGCCCCCACCUUCGGUUCUACCUGGACGGCAGCUCUCUGGUGCUGAAGGGCCUCAUGGCUUCGGACUCAGGCGCCUACACCUGCGUGGCCCACAACGCGGCCGGGGAGGACGCCAGGCUGCACACCGUGAACGUGCUGGUGCCUCCCACCAUUGAGCAGGGCACAGAAGGCACAGGGACCCUGGUGCACAGGUCUGGGGAGCUGGUGACCAUGGCGUGCCCCGUCCGGGGCUCUCCACCCAUCCACGUGAGCUGGCUCAAGGACGGCCUGCCCCUCCCCCUCUCCCAGCGCACCCACCUCCUGGGCUCCGGCCGCAUCCUCAGGAUUUCCCAGGUGCAGUUGGCAGAUUCCGGCACCUUCACCUGUGUGGCUGCGAGCCCAGCUGGCGUGGCCGACAGAAACGUGACCUUGCAGGUGCAUGUGCCCCCUGUCCUGGAGCCGGCAGAGUUCCAGAACGACGUCACGGUGGUCCGCGGCUCCCCGGUGGUCCUCCCCUGUGAAGCCCAGGGCAGCCCCCUGCCCCUAGUAUCAUGGAUGAAGGAUGGGGAGCCUUUGUUGCCCCAGAGCCUCGAACAGGGGUCUGGCCUGCAGCUGGAGACAGUGGGAGCUGGGGAUUCGGGGACCUACUCCUGCGUGGCCAUGAGCGAGGCAGGGGAAGCAAGGAGGCACUUCCAGCUGACGGUGAUGGACCCCCCGCACAUCGAGGAUUCAGUCCAUCCUGCAGAGCUGCUGCUGACCCCCGGUGCCCCCUUGGAGCUCCACUGUGAUGCCCGGGGCACCCCCUCGCCCAACAUCACCUGGCAUAAGGACGGGCAGCCCCUGAUCAGCCAGGACAGAAAAGGGGCUGGGCAGCUGCUCCUAGUGGAGGCUGUGCAGGUGGGCGAUGCUGGGCUGUACACUUGCCUGGCCCAGAGUCCUGCCGGCGAAGUUGAAAAGAGCUUCCGGGUCAGGAUUCAAGCACCUCCACACAUUAUUGGACCCCGAGGCCCCCGCUCUGUGGUUGGCCUGGCCCCAGGGCAGCUGGUUCUGGAGUGCUCGGUGGAGGCAGAUCCAGCCCCUGAGAUUGAGUGGCACCGAGAUGGCAUCCUGCUACAGGCAGAUGUCCACACCCAGUUCCCAGAGCAGGGCAGGUUCCUCCAGCUGCAGGCCCUGAGCACGGCCGAUGGCGGUGACUACAGCUGCACUGCCCACAACGCUGCGGGCAGCACCAGUGUGGCCUUCCGUGUGGAGAUCCACACGGUGCCCACCAUUCAGCCGGGACCAGCUGCAGUGAAUGCCUCUGUGAACCAGACAGCCAUACUGCCCUGCCAGGCGGACGGUGCGCCCCCGCCCCUGGUGAGCUGGCGGAAAGAUGGGGCCCCCCUGGAUUCUGGGAGCCCCAGGUUACAGGUUCUGCCCGAGGGUUCCCUGAGGAUCCAGCCAGUCCUCGCCCAGGACACUGGCCACUACCUCUGCAUGGCGUCCAACUCUGCGGGCUCCGAUCGACAAGGCCGUGACCUCCGGGUCUUCGAGCCUCCCGCCAUCUCCCCCAGCCCCUCCAACCUGACGCUGACCGCCCACACGCCUGCCUCACUGCCCUGUGAGGUCAGCGGCUCCCCCAAGCCCCUCGUGGUCUGGUGGAAGGAUGGACAGAAGCUGGACUUGCGCCUGCAGCAGGGCGCCUACCGGCUCCUGCCCGCCAAUGCCCUGCUCCUCACAGCCCCCGGCCCUCAGGACUCAGCCCAGUUUGAGUGCGUAGCGAGCAACGAGGUGGGCGAGGCCCGAAGGCUCUACCGGGUGACUGUCCUCGUGCCUCCCACCAUUGCCGACGACCAGACAGACUUCACUGUGACCAAGAUGGCGCCCGUGGUCCUCACGUGCCACAGCAUGGGCGUGCCGGCCCCGCUGGUGUCCUGGAGGAAGGCGGGCGCCCAGCUCGGGGCGCGGGGCAACGGCUAUCGUGUCUUACCUUCAGGCGCCCUGGAGAUCGGGCAGGUCCUCCCCAUCCACGCUGGCCGCUACACCUGCACAGCCCACAACUCGGCAGGUGUGGCCCACAAACACGUGGCCCUCGCUGUGCAAGCCUCCCCUGUGGUGAAGCCACUGCCUAGCAUGGUUCGUGCUGUGGCGGAGGAGGAGGUGCUGCUGCCUUGCGAGGCCUCAGGUGUCCCACGGCCAAGCAUCACCUGGCAGAAGGAGGGGCUCAGCAUCCCGACAGGAGCCAGUACCCAGGUCCUGCCCAGCGGGCAGCUGAAGAUUGUCCGCGCCAGCCCAGAGGAUGCCGGGAACUACUUUUGCAUCGCCCAGAACAACGUGGGCAGCGCCGUGGGCAAAACUCGGCUGGUGGUGCAAGUCCCUCCUGUGAUUGAGACUGGCCUCCCUGACCUGUCCACCACCGAAGGCUCCCACGCCCUCUUGCCCUGCACGGCCAGUGGCGACCCCGAGCCUGACAUCACCUGGGAAAAAGACGGGCACCCCGUGUCCGGAACCGAGGGCAAGUUCACCAUCCAGCCAUCCGGGGAGCUGCUGGUGAAGAGCUCGGAGAGCCAGGAUGCUGGCACCUACACCUGCACCGCCGAGAACUCUGUGGGCCGCGCCCGCCGCCGCAUACACCUCACCGUCCUGGCACUGCCCGUCUUCACCACCCUGCCUGGGGACCGCAGCCUGCGCCUUGGGGACAGGCUGUGGCUUCGUUGUGUGGCCCGAGGCAGCCCUACCCCCCGCAUUGGCUGGACUCUCAAUGACCGGCCAGUCACAGAGGGGGUGUCUGAACAGGACGGGGGCAGCACGCUGCAGCGGGUGGCGGUCACCAGAGAGACAAUGGACGACGCGGGACAGUACCAGUGCCUGGCAGAGAAUGAGAUGGGCACAGUGGAGAAAGUAGUGGUCCUCGUGCUGCAGACUGCCCUGGGGCCUCCCACUGGUGUCCCUGGGUUUCAGGCGCAGCCCCAGGGGGUGACAGUGAGAUCCGGGGAUGCCGUCCUGCGGUGCUGGGCCACCGGGGAGCCGGUGCCCACAGUAGAGUGGCUGCAUGCGGGCCAGCCGCAGCUCCAGACCCUGCCAGAUAGGAGCCUGGGGCAGGAGCCGGUGGAGGCUGGGGACACGGGCGCAUGUGAAUGUCUGCUUAUACCGAGGACUCAGAGGUGGAUAGUGUCAUCAUUGUUCUCUUCCUUCCUCCCAGGGGAGCCUCAGGGGAGCCGGGGUAGCAUGAUCGGGGCGAUCAAUGGCCAAGAAUUCGGGGUGGCCGCCCUCAACACCAGUGUGCAACGGGAGGCACGUUCUGGGGUCACCACCAUCCAGAGCAGCAUCAGCCACAUCCCUGCGAGUGUGGGGCCUCUGAUGCGGGCGCUCGUGGUCACCAUCUCCCCCAUCUACUGGGCGCUGGCUGGAGAGAGCGGAGACGCCUUGAAUGGCCACUCGCUGACGGGCGGCAGCUUCCGGCAGGAGUCACACGUGGAGUUUGCCACAGGGGAGCUGCUCACGAUGACCCAGGUGGCCCGGGGCCUGGAUGCCAACGGCCUCCUGCUCCUCGAUGUGCUGGUCAAUGGCGCUGUCCCCGAGACCCUAGCUGACGCAGAGCUUCAAGUGCAGGACUUCCAGGAGCGCUAUGUGCAGACGGGGCCCGGCCGGCUCUACGUGGGCUCCACACAGCGCUUCCUGCAGGAUGGGCUCCCUGUGUCCCUGCGCUGCAACCACAGCGUCCAGUACGACGCAGCCCGGGGCCCCCAGCCCCAGCUGGUGCAGCACCUGCUGGCUUCGGCCGUCAGCGCGGCCUUCGAGCCUGAGGCUGAGGCCCUGCGCUUCCAGCUGACCACAGCCCUGCGAGCUGAAGAGAACGAAAUCGGCUGCCCGGAAGGCUUCGAGCUGGACACCCAGGGAGAGUUUUGUGUGGACAGGGACGAAUGCUCGGGUGGCCCCAGCGCCUGCUCCCAUUCCUGCCACAAUGGGCCCGGCCACUUCUCCUGCUCCUGCCCGGCUGGCUUCGCCCUGGCCGGGGAUGACAGGAACUGCAGAGAUGUGGACGAGUGUGCGUGGGACACUGACGUUUGCCCAGGGGGACAGCGCUGUGUGAACUUGCUCGGGUCCUACCGCUGCCUCCCUGACUGCGGGCCUGGCUUCCGGGUGGCCGCGGAUGGGGCCGGUUGCGAAGAUGUGGACGAGUGUCUGGAGCAGUCGGAUGAAUGUCUGUACAACCAGAUCUGUGAGAACAGCCCAGGCGGGCACCACUGUGGCUGCCCCAGGGGGUACUGGAGCCAGGGCCCUGGCCUACCCUGCCUAGAUGUCAACGAGUGCCUGCAGCUGCCCAGGACCUGCGCCUACCGGUGCCACAACCUCCAGGGUAGCUACCGCUGCCUGUGCCUGCCAGGCCACACCCUCCUGCGUGACGGAAAGACCUGCACCCCGAUGGAGCGGAGUGGACGAAACGUGACCACCGUCAGCCACCGGGCCCCCUUGGUGUCUUGGCUACGGCCCCGCGCGCCCACCCCUAGUGCUUCCUACCACACCUGGGCCUCCCCCCGAGUGGGCCCCGGAGCCCUGAGCAGUGGGGGCCGGGCCUGGUGCCCGGCCGGCUUCAUCCGGCAGCACGGCGUCUGCACGGACCUGGACGAGUGCCGGGUGAGGAACUUGUGCCAGCACGCCUGCCGAAACUCCGAGGGCAGCUACCGGUGCCUCUGCCCCGCCGGCUACCGCCUCCUCCCCAGUGGGAAGAACUGCCAGGAUAUCAACGAGUGUGAGGAGGAUGGCAUCGAGUGUGGGCCUGGCCAGAUGUGCUUCAAUACCCGUGGCAGCUACCAGUGUGUGGACACGCCAUGUCCUGCCACCUACAGGCAGGGCUCCAGCCCAGGGACGUGCUUCCGCCGCUGCUCGCUGGACUGCCGCGCGGGCGGCCCCUCCACGCUGCAGUACAAGCUGCUGCCGCUGCCGCUGGGCGUGCGCGCCCACCACGUCGUGGCCCGCCUGGCCGCCUUCUCCGAGGCCGGCGUCCCUGCCAACCGCACGGAGCUCAGCGUGCUGGAGCCGGAUCCGCUCAGCCCAUUCGCACUGCGUCCUCUGCACACGGGACUCGGCGCCGUCUACACCCGCCGCGCGCUCACCCGCGCUGGCCUCUACCGGCUCACCGUGCGCGCCGUGGCGCCCCGCCACCAAAGCCUCUUUGUCCUGCUCAUCGCUGUGUCCCCCUACCCCUACUGA